UGACGUACCCAGCGCAGCGGCCAUCUUUGUGUAGGCGGAGCCUGGAGAGAGCGAGCAGGGGCGAACUAGAAGCCGCCGCAUCUUCUUACAAUGUCUGCGGAUAACCAGGAUACCAAGUUCCCGGAGGAUAAUUCCACUGACGAGCAGAGAGAAAUGGAUGAUAAAGUUGUCAGCCCUGAAAAAGCAGAAGAAGCCAAGUUAAAAGCAAGGUAUCCACACCUAGGACCCAAGCCUGGAGGGUCUGAUUUCCUGAGGAAACGUCUUCAAAAAGGAGUAAGUGUGAAGCAAAAAUACUUUGACUCUGGAGACUAUAACAUGGCUAAAGCAAAAAUGAAGAACAAGCAGCUUCCAGCUGCUACACCAGACAAAACAGAAGUCACUGGUGAUCAUAUCCCUACUCCACAGGACCUACCACAAAGGAAACCUUCCCUGGUAGCAAGCAAGUUGGCUGGCUGAUUGAAGGGCCUGUCUGCAUGAACCCUGCCUCAUUCCCAUUAAUCUUCCUUCUCAAUGAUGUUUUUUUUUUUGGUUUUGUUUUUUGUUCCCUUGCGUCUUUCCUCUUUACAUUGUAGUCAGUUUGAUGGCCAGGCAAAGGGGUGGUAUUGCAGGUAGCUAUCUGGAGUGUAGGCUGAAAUGUGUACUAUCAGAAUAGUUGUUGAAGACAAUGCACUGAUUAAGAGACCUGUUUUGGUAUAGCAAUGUAAAUUAAUCUACUUGAAAACAAACAAAAAAUAAAUGUACAUAAUGCCUAUUUCCUACGUGUAUGUCAGGUUAAAGCAAUGGACACUUUUGUGGGUUUUACCAUUUUAAAGUUUGCUUUCUUUCUCAAUUUGAUUUCCUUCAUAGUGUAGUUUAUAAAUAGUUUUUUUCCUGCCAUUUUGGCUGCUAAGACAGCAAAUUAUGUUUGGAAGAAAGCAAAACAUGUCAGAUCAAACUGGGUUCUUAAAGGUUGUUAACAGCUCUCUGCCCUUUUAACUUGAAUGGCCUUAAACCUUUCUCAGCUUUAACAAUAGGAUUUCACUUGGGCAAUAUUUGCUCCCACAGCUGUAACCUUUCACGAGCCUGAUCCAUAAUGAAAGCGACCUGUUGAAGCUGGUAUGUUCCUCAUUCGUAGUGUAGGACCCUCCGAAGAUGUGGACGAUGUGUGCAUGUGCAUAGACUGUUGAAUUCACUUUUGUGCCAUUUUGUAAAUACAAUAGUUUUGCACAA